UAUUUAUAACAAUGGCGAGAACUUUUGUUCUCUUUCUGAUUGUGACGCUCUUAAUUUGGUGUGAAGUUGAAGCAUCAGGCCAAGUUCACGUGUCCUACCUGGGAUGUUAUUCAGAACCCCCCUACGACUCGUUAUUCUAUAAAGCGUAUCUAGAUUAUAGGCACCGUAUCGAUUGGACAAAGCUACCUGACUUGAGUCACGUGACUCAGGCCUGUGUUCAAGAGGCCAUCAAGAGAAAUUAUUCGUACUUUGCCAUCAAGAACUAUGGAGUAUGUUCCUGGGGCCCAGAUGGUCUCACAAUUACGACCAAAGGGACAAAAGGGUCUGGAUGCUUCCUGACCAUCGGAGGUCCGUCGGCUGUUUCCGUCUUCAAGAUUUCGAAAACGAAAGUUGAUGGUGGGUGGUCGAACUGGGGAGCCUGGAGCGCCUGCAGCCUAACAUGUGGUAACGGCAGGCAAACACGCAUACGGACCUGUACUAAUCCCUCACCGGCAGCUGGCGGUGCCGACUGCGUUGGAGAUAACUCUCUUGAGGUUCAUUCAUGCAAUACCAACAGUUGCCCAGUAAACGGCGGAUGGUCUACUUGGGGAGUUUGGAGCACUUGUAGUCGAACGUGUGAUGGUGGAGUUCGAUCACGCAUGCGCACAUGCAGUAAUCCUCUACCACAAAGCGGCGGAGCUGCUUGUCAAGGACCUGGAUCUCAAUCUCAACUCUGCUAUAAAAAUGGUUGUACAGGUAAAAGUUUCCUUACAAGGAUGAUACGGACAAAAAGAUUUUCGUCAAUUUAUUUCUAUAUAGUCAAUGGUGGUUGGUCAAACUGGGGAGCUUGGGGCAGCUGUACACAAACAUGCGGUGGUGGAACACAAACACGCAGUCGCACUUGUACCAGUCCUACUCCAAACAAUGGUGGUCUCAACUGUUCAGAAAGUAGCUCGGAGUCCCAAGCAUGCAACAACAACACGUGUCCAUUUUGCCAAGAAGGAAGUACCUCAUAUGAUCAAUGCGGGCAGAGAUGCACCUGUGUUCAAGGCCAGUUGGUUAACUGCGUUCGUAUUCGAAAAGAAUUCACUUCCAUGUCAUCUCUUGAGCGAGAACGGUACAUUAAAGUCAUAUUAACAGCUUCUACUGACCCAAAAUUUAAGAACGACUAUGAUGAGUUAAUCAAUCGGCAUAGAAAUAAGUUUUUCUCUGGAAUUCAUGGACGAACGCAUUUCCUUACAUGGCAUCGCUAUUUCAUGUUGCUUUACGAGAACCUCCUUCGUCAAGUAGCCUGCAAUUUUACGAUAGCAUACUGGGAUUGGAGUUCAGUGUCUGGAAAUCCAUUCAGCACUGUGAAAAGAGAAAGCCUAUGGCACACCGCGAACUCUGGUUUCGGCGGGAACGGCAUAGGGCCGUAUAGCUGUGUCCAGACAGGACCAUUCAGAGAGGCCAAUUGGAGCAUCGUGCCACUUCCAGCCAAUUCCUUACCAGAGCCAGGUCCUCGGUGUUUAGCACGGAGGUUUAAUGGGAACCCUCCUGACUCUGUGGCAGUUCAAGAAGUCUUACGAAUACCAGCGAGUAACUUCACUGAUUUUGAGCUUAUGCUCCGAGUGAAUCUUCACGACGUUGUGCACUGUUUGAUAGACGGCACCAUGUGCUCGAUAGACUCAGCUGCUGCCCCGGAGUUUUUUCUUCACCACGGAUUUAUUGACAAGAUCUGGAACGAGUGGCAGAAGAAAAGUGACGCUCAUAAGAAUGCCUUCUUUCCAGGUAUCAAAGAGGUUAUGCCAGGAUCUAAAUUGCUACCUCAGCACGUACUCAACCUUUUGUCGCAACCGGGAGGUGUUCGAGUAGAAUAUCAGUCAUCCAGGAAAGCCGCCAAUUUAUUACCUCUUUUAAGAGGACUAAGUCUCAGUGCUCUUCAUCAUAUUCCACGGAGACAGUUUUCUGGUGUCACUGAAAAGAUAAUAAAGGUAUUCCAUUUAAAGCCAUCUGAAGUGAAACGUGCAAAAGAAUUGGAGAAGCUGUUGCAGCCGUUGUAUUAGUUAGCUUAUAUUAAUUUGCAAUAUCACUUGAAUUAAUAAAGUGUAUCUGACGAUUCAGUAUGCGAUGAAUAUCAAAAUAAAGUUGAAUCCAUUAAAA